AUGAGCUCGGAGUACACGACAUUAAGAACAGAACUAAAGCAAUGGGAGAGAGAAUAUCAGGCCCAACAUGGGCGAAAGCCGACGCCCAAUGAUAUAAGGCUUAUUCCCGGUCUCACGGAAAAGUACAAACGUUUCAAAGCCUUAUCAAAAGCUGCUGGCCAGACCGGAGAUGUCGGCAAACCUCCAGCACCCGCCUCCACCGGCGCGUCUAGCGGAAUAAUCAGGCAUUCAAGGGCAGUAGAGGACCUAGGAGACGCAAUACCUGCAGCCGCGAGACCCAAUCCCUUUUCUCCCUCAAAGCCACGCCCGACCACAUCCCACAUUGCAUCCGGCCGGCGCACUCCAGAACGACAUCUUUUCCCGAAUCCAUUCGCAUCCCCGGUCAAGAAAAAGGAAGGUAGCAACGCCACUAGCUCAGCUCAUCCCGGAACACUCGAUUCCCUGUCCCACUCCCCUUCAUCUUCCCCAAAUCCCUUCGUCGUAAAGCGACUCCCGGAUGAGAACUUGUUGAAACCCACUCAGCCACCUGACUCGCCGUUCACCGCUGCUCGAAAGCGCAUCAGAGGCGACGGGGAAGAGGGACUAGGCAAUACUAUGGAUACAGACGCACCAGAUAAUACGAAGAGACGGAGAUUCGUUAAUCGCUCACAGUCAGCAUCCUACUCUGGAUUGUUCGGGACUGCGCCCUACAUCCUUCCUGAUACCGCCGCUCAAUCGAAUUCAAACACUCAGCCAUCUCAACCCGGUUCUUCUCGUCCCGGUGAAGAGGUCCUGGGGGACAGUCCGAUCAAACCAAGUGUUCGGAAUGGAGUCGUCUACAAGCCAAUUUUCGACGAUGGUCGUGAGUCGCUGCAAACUUCUGCAUUGGGCUCGCAACGGUCCGGCACGACUCGUACUACGUCUCUGCCAGCUUCUUUGACCAUCUUCAGCAAGCGGCCAGAAAGUGAUGAUGCGGCAAGAAAGCAUUUAGUGUCGUCACAGCCGGUGCAGGAUGACGACUCUUUGACAAACGAUAACCAAGCGAUGGACGAGGAUGACCCGUCGACCUCCACCCAGCUCAUCGCACCGACUCCGGUCAAAACAGGUGCGAAGCAAUGGAAAGGUCAAGCCAAAGGGAAGAAACAGAAAACAAUGACGCAUGCGAACGAGGAUUUGAGCGACAGCGAGCAAACAAGCGACGAAGUUCAGGCGGUCGAAGUCGAAUGGCGCAUACUCGGUCCUCUCCAGGUGCCAGGGCAAACGGACGACAAGGGUGACGACGACGACGAGAACUUUCAGUUACUCUCUCUCGGGAAACCGUGGAUCAGGCACUAUUCCACUGCAGAAGAAGAUGGAGAAAUCAACGAGAGUGUGAGGGAACAUGUAGAGAUUGAUCUACCCGAGGAAAUGCAAAAUCUGCUCGAGCUUAGUCCAUCCAAACCGCGGGUGGACGAGGAUCAAGUUGUCCAGGAUAUAUUGGCAGGUAUUGGCGAUCGUAGUAAGCGACAUGAGGUGUGGCAUGUUGGCGACGUCGGGACCGAAGAAGACGAUUGGGACAGUGAAGGCGCGGGAUGGUGGGAGGCAGAGUUGUAA